AGCACUUGGCAAGAAUGUUAACUUGUCGUGCACGAGAAGGCUGCACAACACUAAAUACUACGACGGACAAAUCUACAACCGAUUUCCUAGGGGAUCCUGGAAACUGGGAAGCUCUGAUAUUAACUUGGAACUUAAUGAAACACUGAAAUCUCUCUGCAUGUCUUCUCCAUUUCUUACUCGUCUGCAAGAAAGGAGACCCUACAAAGACCAUUCAUUAAAAGAACUACAGUGGAAGCAUUCAGCUGGGCAUAAUUCAGACAAACUGAAAAAUGAGGGCCUGCAGACUGGUUGGAAAUAUUCUGAUCUCUUUAGGAAACUGGAACACCUACACGUUCCCGGGUAUCUACAACACAGGCUUUCUGACCUAAAAAGUCCAGAACCCCAGUGGGAGGUAGAGAGGAGGAGAAGACUGUUUCGGGAAGCUGAACUGGUAGAGAAACAUCUGAAAGAGGGUUACCAACAGGAGGCACUGUUGUUGCAUACUUCACUGAAGACUCUGAAGCACCAGUAUCUCAUCCAAGCAUUGGCUUUACUGUAUACUACUUCAAUGCAUAAGGAUCUGGAGCUGCGCUUAUCUGAGGCAGAGCUUGAAAGGGACUGGGCAAAGCAGCAGAGUUUGGCUGCAUAUUCAGAACAUGAAGUUUUGCUACAAGAGCACCAUGCUUUGCUGAGGGAACUGAGGAAGGUACGAGAAAGACUUGAGCAAGAAGAGGCUUGGUAUGGGCAUGAUGAACCAGUUCCAGAUAGAACCAACUGGAGAGGAGUGCAACAAGGUCCCUGGUGGUAUAGAUAGUGAAGCUGAUAUGGACUGCCCUUUGGAUUAGCUGAAUUUAUAGUGAUAUAAAGUGUUUUCAAAGAGACUUCUCAAGCCAGACAGUAUCCUGCAAUCUUAUAGCAAAACCCCUCUUACUUACCCGGGCAAUACUAGAGCAGAAUCUGUAGAUUAGUAUCUUUAUUGUUACUUUUCUUAAGAACAAGAUCAUUCUUAUUUGUUCUUGAUCUUAAUUAAGCAGACACACAUAUAAUACAUACUGUAUACUAGGUUCCAAAUAUGCAUUUUAGAACAACAAAUACAAGACAGAGUACACGGCUUAUUGCCGUACCUAAUAAGAUAUUUGUCUUUCAGCCGUCCUUCUGUACUGAAGUCAGAGUUAAUCUUAAGUAAGGUCUAUACAUGGGCUCACACAUGACAGCUCAGUUUUCUCAGUUUUUGGAAUCCAUAUAAACAGAGAGUCAUAAAGGUGUCAGCCUUCUCUAUUGGUGAAGUUUUUCAAACUCUUCACAAGAAUAUCACGCUACAUGACUUUUUCAAUGUCCUUGAUAAGCCCUUUAUUUGAUGACAGUCAGCAAUGGGCUGGAUGAGGCACAGAGAUUCCCAGGUAGAUCAAAGUAUACGGUGCUUUCUCCAUAACCAUAAGCAAGUUGCUGAGCAACACAUACUUUUAUUCAGUAAACAUUAGACCUGACAUACUAUACAAAACAAACAUUAACAACACUGAGGCUGCAAGACACAAGAUGUCAUAAUCUUAAACCCAAAGAUUAAGGAAGUUCUCAAGUCUAGUUCUUUACCUUAUACAUAUGUGAGCUCAGACCUUAUCCAUCAAACCUAACCCAUAUUUAGAGACACCAGUGGCUGUAAACAUUGAAAGUGUAUAAUUACAGCAUAAUAAGGAAGCAAACAAGGAAGUAAAGUAAAUUUACACACAAAUGAACAUAUGAUCAAGCUUGCUUUUUGUAAAAAGCAAAGUACCCAAAGUAUUUAAGGGAGCAGCUGGCUGGCGUUUUCCCUCACACACUUUAAUUUAUUCAUUCCUUUCCUAGUCUUUUCCAAAUCACAUUCCUCUGAGCUGUAAUGUCAGCUUAUUCUCCUUUAAGAGAUUAUUGUUGUCUUAUAUGUUAUUUCUAAGUUCAAAAUUCCAUAUGCACUGGCAGAAGUCAAAAUGUAUAUCUUCUUAUAUAAUACGCUACCGUGGCUGUUCAUUUGUCUGUCCAGGAUUUUAAAUCACCUGUAGCUCGC